AUGGCAUCCACAAGCGACAUCCGCGACAUAAUGAACUUGGGCCAGGCCGGUCCCCGCCAGCCUGCGCCCAAGAAGAAAAAGACGUCCGAACCUCAACCGCGGGUCACGGGCGUGAGACGAGAAGUUCAAGCUCUCAUGGGCGAUUCAGUGCCUCCGAUCGCAAUCGUUGAACAACGCUCCUACAAAUCCCGUCCGUCGAUCUCGCAGAAGUUAUUCAAGCCGCGGCAUUGGGACGAGAGACCGUUCCAACAUGGAGGAAGAACCGAUGGCUUGGUCUUGCGGCACUGGAAGAGAUCAAUUCCGGGGUCAAAUGGCCGUGCACCCGCUGUGACAACGGAGUCGGCGGAUGUGGAGAUGGCGGAUGGUGCGAAGACGGCUCCGGUUGCACAGGAGUUAGCUUUCGAGGAGGAGUAUCCGUCACACAAGUGGAAUGUCAAGGUAGAAGUGCCCUCAUACACGGACGAGCAGUACGACAGGAUGCUCAAAACGGAUGACUGGACGCGACAGGAGACGGACUAUUUGAUGGAGCUGUGUCGUGAUUACGAUCUGAGAUGGAUCAUCAUCGCCGACCGAUACACACCAGAAGAGAUCCCCUCCUCCGCUCCAGCUCCGACAAGCGUCGAAUCCAACGGCACCGAAGUUGCCAUGAAACAACACUAUCCGCCCCGCACAGUUGAAUCCCUCAAGCAACGGUACUACUCCAUCGCCGCGAAGAUGAUGGAACAGGUCACACCAGCCUCCACAAUGACCGCAGCAGAGUUCCAACUGUGGGAGAAGAUGCGCUCCUUUGACGCCAAGACGGAAACAAUGCGGAAAGCAAUGGCAGAGAAACUCUUCGAGCGCACGAAAGACGAGGCGGACGAAGAGAGAAUUCUACUGGAGGAGCUUCAUCGGAUUACCAAGAAUGAAGACGACUUUAUCAAGAUGAGACGGGACCUCUACGCGCGGCUCGAGCCGGUAGCCCCGCUGCGACGAUCCGGCAAUGGGGAGGAGCAAUCUACCGCCAUGUACCAAACCUCCGGGGGCUUGUCCAUGCUCUUACAAUCCCUCCUCGCCAAAGAGAAGAGACUCAAACGACCUACCAUGCCAGAUGGUGGCCAAGGUAGUACCUCGGCGACUCCAACCGAUGCACGCGCCGAGAAAGGUCGCCAGUCCUCUCAUUACUCUCGACGCGACACACUCGACACACAAGCGACGAAUGAUGAGCCGCAGAAGAAAUCCUCCACUUCUCAGGCCUCCAAUGUGCGGAUCCUUGCCCCUGCCGACGCUGCGCGUUUCGGCGUCUCGCACCCACAGGAACGACUCACAUCCGGGGUCCAGUUCCGACACGAGAAGAUCAACCGUCUGACGAUGGCCAAGUCACAAACUCAAACCACAAAGAUCCAGGCUGCGCUCACUGAACUGGGUAUUCCGCCGAGGUUGCUCAUGCCGACAGAACGGGUCUGCAGGGAGUUUGAGCGGUUGGUCGGGGAGAUUAAUAUCCUGUUAGAUUGUAGGAAGGUUGCUGAGAAGGUGGCUUCUGAGGUCAAGAUCUUGGAAGAGCAGAGACGCAUCAGACUCGGACUACCGAAGGAAGGCGAAGAAAAUGUGCCUGCUGCGGGAGUUGGCAAUGCCGGCCCGCAGGAGGUGAAGAGUUUUCCCAACACAACCGACGCUAUGGAGGUUGACGACUCUCAAGUCGGAGAUGAGUCAAAAGUCGACGAGUCGCUUGCUGUCGAUGAGGACGAUCAGGAUGCUGAGGCAGAAGACGAUGAGCCGGCACGGGCUGCUGCAGAACGUAAUGAGGACGAUGCGCAAGACGAGAGCGCGAUACAAGUAGAUGCUCAAGAGGACGGUGACGCCGACGCAGAGGCAAAUGACGACGCUAGUGCCAAGCCUGCGGACGAUGAAGACGAAGAAGAUCAAGAUGAGCGGGAUGAAGAAAUCACCGGCCUCGACAACGACGAAGACCAAGACGAGGAUGCGGAAGACGAUGAUGAUGAUGCUGCUGCUGCUGGUCGGCUCAAUGCAGAAUCGGACGAAGACGAGGAAGAAGAAGUGGGAGCAUCUCCACCACAGGACACUGACGCUGAAGAGGACAAUGCGGAUGACUCGGAGGCCGAAGACGAUGCAGAGCCCCAGGCUGAAACUGGGUCUAACAACGAGGAAGAUGACGCAGCAGAUAUCACCGACGGCGAAUCUGAGGCAGAGGCCGAAGCUGAAGCCGCCCACGAAGUCGAAGAUUCCGAGGAUGAAGACCAAGACCAGGACGAUGACGAGGACUCUGCUCCUGUUCCCGCUGCUGCAGCUGAAGAUUCUGGUCUCUAG